AUCUUCAGAACACUUGAGAGCCAUACAAGGACGAUUUCUUCCCUUGACAUGCCUAAAUGUUUUAUACAACUUAUGUGCUGGACUCGUUGUAAAUGCGGCACUCAUCACUUUUUACUGGUUGACAAAAUAUAUCACGUAUCUAGUGGUGAAUUUCUUCGGGAAAAAAUGGUAAGUUACGGAGUAAAUUUGAAUGAACGUACUAAACUGAUACCACUGAUCUCUCGCAAGAAUCGCCGGAAACCCUUAAACCCCACAUUCAGACCAGCGAAUUAAGUUUUGUAAGUUAAAAGUUGACUUUUCGGCUUUACUCUUUUCAUAGCACUCCUAAUUAUUUCCCCUUCCUUUUAAUUGUAUCCAGGCAGGAGUUUCAAGACAGGAAGGCUGCUGCUAAUUUGCCUCCUAAACCCCAGAAACCCAUAUGGCAGCCAAAACAUAGGAAAAAAAAGAAAAAUAACAUGACAUGGUAGAUUAUAUGAUUCACUAUUCGAAAUAUUUUUUGUCACGUGGAUGUAAAACUUUAAACUGUUUUACAGAAAACUUUUGUUACUUCUUUAUAUGACAAACCCCCGUGCUAGUUAUUAAAGAGUCUACAUAUUUCUUGACCGUUGAUUUUAUUUGUCCCUAGUUCAAAGAAAGAUUCUAAAUCCUUUACAACAUCUUUUGGGGUUUUCGCACAAAAUACUUGCAAGGAUAUACUUCGUUGUCGCCCAUAUUAACAAUGCUAACGGGUACAGAUUUUCACAGGAAGUUUAAUCGGAUUCGUUCACAGUGGGUACGAACGACAGAUGGUUUAAUGAUCGGUAGAAAAUUGUAAUCAAGUUGAAUAAUUUUCUUAAUUUCAGUCCGAGAGUCUCGGUAGUUUUCUUUUCAGAACAGCUGUGCUUCUGUUUCUGUCAAGGGUUUGACAGGAGGAAAGAGAAUGAGAGAUUUCUCCACUGCAUUAAAACGCGUGUACCCUAAUUUCUUUAGAAACAGGUUUUUAAAGGAAAGAUCCUGCCUCGGCUUUUAAGAAGCGAGAAAUAAACUAACAUGGAAUAUGUAAAAAAAACAUCGUUUGGAAGUACUCGUACAUUUAUCCUCAAAUUUUCGUCGCAAUAGAUUCGGAAUCAGUUUGGGUAAAUAAUCGUACAAAUUUUAAUCAGUUUGUUUCAAUGUAAAUUGUAGAUCCUCCAAGUAACAAUGAUUUUGAGUUAAUUUGAGAAAAUUUCGGAAAAUUUGACAAGAGAUGUUUACCUGAUGGUAGAAACGGAAGUCUUGAGCGCUAAAAUUAGCUCGGAGUUAGAGUCACGGAACAGUAACAUUUAAUGAGAUCUCAAAUUGACUGCUUUAGAGAAACUCUUUUAUAGAAACGAUAUCAUCGAGCUGGAACUCUGACUCGUUAAUGGGCGAAAAAAAGGGUUAGACUGGGUUAAAAGGAAAGAAAACUCUAACGAAGCCUACGGCGAUGCGCGACAGCUUCGUCUACUGUCUCAGCCUCUGUGAUGUCAGUUUUGGAAUGGAAAGAUUGCGUAUUUGAAGUAUAUUUUCCAAGAGCUCUCAUAUAUUAAGCGGUGCAGAACACAAUCUUGCGGUUUACCAACGUUCGUUUGUUUAGUAAAAUUGCAGCUAUGAAGAAGUUACCAACAAAACCAUCUGUUCUUCAAUCAAAUGUAAUUCUGUCAAUAAAGUUGACAUGGUCACAAGACCAUUGAAUGAAAAACAAAUUCGAGCCAGAAACACGGAAAAGUAAGCUUCUGAUGCUCUUCGAGUUACUACUGAAAAUCGUCUGAGACUGAUUUAAGCACGUAAUAUGUUAACCAGUAUGUCUACUGACAGAAAAUGAAAAUCUGAAGUCAACUCACUGCCCAUCGUACUAAAGAAAUUUUAAACGUUUGUAAGAAUGAUGGCAAAAUUUUUUUGGAGUUAGAGCCAGUUAACUGAUACGAGAGACUGGCUCAACAUUACUCAGUGUAAUAUAAUGCUGGGUAAGACUUACUAUCAGAGAAAUCAUUGUCCUUAAACUGCGUUCAUGCCGUGAAUUCAACUCUGUUACUGUUCUGGUUGGAUUGAGCUUAGCUCAGAACAAUUAUGCGAAACAAGAUUGAAGGAAAAAGCCAAAGUCUGUUUCAUUAUCUUACAAACGUUUUUUCGAAUAAAAAUGAGAUGGAGUAAAACAAAAGAAUGAACAGUUUCGCUAGAAUGAAGUAUUUUUGAGUGUUCAGAGUCGGUCUCUUAUUCCUCAUUAAAAGCAUGUUGUAAACAAGGCACCCAAGCUUUCCGUGGCAUUUCUUCAGGAUGGCAAAUGCAUUAGGGAGCACAAAUAUGCCGUCAUCGGUAAACAUCUUAAGGAAGAACACAAUCAAAGACCGAACAAUCUUUACGAGAAAUUUUGCCAUCCUAAAGAAACGCCGCGGAAAGUUUGAGAGCCUAUUUACGAAAUGCUUUUAAUAAGGAAAAAGAGACCGACUCUCAAAAAGACUCCAUCCAGCGAAACUGUUCAUUAAAAUAAGUCCAUUCUUUUGUUUUACUCCAUUACUAAAAAGAAAACUCAAAAAGACCCCAUCCAGCGAAACUGUUCAUUAACGUAUGUCCAUUCUUUGAUUUACUCCACCACUCAAAAACACUCAAAAAGACUCCAUUCAGCGAAACUGUUCAUUAAAAUAUGUCCAUUCUUUGUUUUAUUCCACCUCAUUUUUAUUCUUAUUUAGUUUCACACUUUCCUUUCUUUUCAUAACAUCAUUAAACAUUUAGACUGAACAAUAUUUCUCUUUCUUCACGUGAUUCUUGCUACGGCAGGAUCAAGCAGAGAAUCUCCGGAAGUAGAGAUCUUUCCCCUAAAAUGUUAAACUCUUAAUUUCCUUCUCAAUUUUCAAAGUGAAAAAGCCUUUCGUCCUGGUUUAAUUCAGAGGCUGGCAACAUGGGAAUUUUUCCGUUGCAUUAAACGCUUCUGGAAAUUUCGAGAGUGUGCUUGGAGGGAAGAAAAAAUAAAAAAUAUUGAAUACUAGUUUAAAAUUCACUUUGUCAGUUGCGCGAAAGCAUUUCGUCUCUUGCAUGAUUUGGUGAGCUGAUGGCUUUUUCCUUUCUUUUUCUGUAAACUCCUAUGUCAGAGAUCAUAUUGAUUAAAGAGAUGACUUGCAGAUGGGAAAAACUAGUUCCUGAACGGAACUUUUAACUCUUUAACGACAUUUCCGUUUACAGACAGUCAUGCAAUCGAGUAUGAUUCUUUCUUCAGUACAUAAUCAACACUCUUUAAAAUAUAAACUUUUUGACGCAAGUGGGCUCUUUUCCACUAUUCAUUGAAUAGCUUUUUAGUGGACCAUGUAACGCAGUUUCUCUCUGUUGCUACUACAUCUCAUCUCAAAGAUAUCUCAAAAGAAAACAAAGCCACGUUGACAUAAGUCAAAUUUCAAGGUGAGAAAAUUAGAGUAGUUAACAUUUGAAUCCUGAAAGAAUAAUGAAGCAAAUAAAGAGCUGUCAUCUCCAAAACUGAAUAAUUUAUAACUUCCAUCACGAAUAAAUAUUACUUUUAUCCCGCCUCCUUUGAGUGUUUAUUGACCAAUGGGAUAUGCUUUGUAUUAAUAAGAAAUUGUUGGGUUGUCAUCGACGAUUAAACAUGUCGCAAUGCAGGGCAAGUUUAUUCAAUUAUCUAUCAACAGGACUUCCGUAUGCUCGCCAAUAUAACUCGACUUAUUCGUCGCAUAAAAACAGAUUUUCUUCGCUCAUUCUAAGGGCAAAGCGUGCAAACGUACGUCCAUCUUGAGUUAAGAAUCCAGAAUGAUUCCCACAUCGACAGCCACCAUCACGGAAGGGGAAGAACCUGCUUUUUCGCAGACUUCCUCUCCUUCCAAGGCCGAGGAGAUUGCAUGGGGCAGCAUUUUUGGAGUGCUCUCAGUCUUCAUCGUGGUAGAGAACCUACUCACUAUUGUCCUCUUUGCAGUGAACAAGAAGGUUCGCAAGAAGAAGAGUCUUUUCCUUGUCAUCAACAUGGCGACUGCUGAUCUGAUAUUCGGAGCUUUAGCCCUUCCCCUUUACAUCUACCUCGGCUUUGGUAUGCCGGACUAUAAGGAACUUGCGAUCCAAAACGGUGACUUGAUUUUGAUAUUAUCAUUGGACAUUGCCUCGAAAGUCUCCCUUGUGGCCUCGUUACUAUCAGCGACCUUAAUUUCUUGUGAGAGGUUUUACGCCAUAUAUCAGCCUUUGAAUCACCGAACUCUGACUGUGCGAAAAUACCAUAUUGUUAUACUUUCAAUAUGGAUAACGGCCCUACCGUUUUCCAGCUUAGUGUUCUUGAUUCCAGGGCAGGAAUGCACAUACGUGGGAAUGCCAUUCGCCUCGAUUCUGCUGACCAUUAUCUGUGGUUGUAACAUUGCAAUUUGGAGAAAGUUUCAUCGCGGAAAUUUCGCCUCACAACAGAAAAACAAAGUCUCGCGAAAAGAUCGCUUGACAAAGACUUUGUUACUCGUCUCCGUUCUUGCUUUGAUCUGCUGGCUUCCCUUUGUGUUUUCAAAUGCUUUAAGAGGGCUAGGCGUCACCAUACCGUGGAGGCACGUUAUGAUUGUCAACCUGCUUAAUUUUUCAAACUCCUGCGUGAAUCCAGUGGUGUAUGCAUCAAGAGUUCCAGAGUUUCGACAAGCGCUGGCUCUUUGUUGUGGCAAAGAUCAGAAAGCGUUGAAGAAGGAAAACACUGAAACUUCAAGUAACAAGAACGCUGCAACGUCAACAACACAUACGAAAAUAUUACAAGCUGAUUCUUCCCACCCAAACUUUGAGGAAGCUACGGAUGCCAAACGGUAUCCAACCAAGGAACAAGAACUAUUUGCGCUUAGUAAGUAG